AUGGAAGUCUUACAGAAACUUCGUAAACCAUCGGCACGUUUGGAGUGUGAUCAUUGCUGUUUCAGAGGCACAGAUUAUGAAAAUGUUCAGAUUCACAUGGGCAUCAUCCAUCCAGAGUUUUGUGAUGAAAUGGAUGCUGGUGGGUUAGGUAAAAUGACAUUUUACCAGAAAAGUGCAAAACUCUUUCACUGCCAUAAAUGCUUCUUUACCAGCAAGAUGUACUCUAAUGUGUAUUAUUACAUCACUUCCAAACAUACAAGCCCAGAGAAAUGGAAUGAAAAACAAAAAAAUCAGUUAAACAAAGAAGCAGAACCUCUGAAAACACCCUCCUCUGAACACCAGAAAAUGUCCUCUAAUUCAGCAGAACUGCUAAAUUUUCUGCCAGCCUUUUCCACAGAAACACAGAGACUUGCCUCAGUUUUGUAUCCAGAAUCACCAAAAUCUAGUUCUCUUACUUCCCUGGAACUUCAGAAGCCUGGCUCUGUUGUUUCUCCUGAACCACAGAUGCCUUCUCCUGAACUUUUAAAAACUGCCCCCAUUUCUACUGAACUUUCCAAACCAGUCUCUGUUGUUUCUGAGCCUCAGAAACCAGUCCCUGUUCCUUCUCCAGAAACACAGAAACUUGCCCCUAUGUCUCCUAAUCCGGUCAAGGGUACUCUUAAUCCCAAACCUCAGAAAUAUCCACAUUUCCCAGAAACAUUGAGGCCUCCUUCAGCCUCAUCUCCAGAAUCACCAGUUUUAGCAGCUUCCCCUGAACCUUGGGGGCCUUCCCCUUCUGCAUCUCCAGAGUCUCGGAAGCCAGCCCGGGCUCUGUCUCCUGAGCCGAGGAAGCCCUCCCCGUCAGAAUCUCCUGAGCCUUGGAAGCCAUUCUCUGCUGUCUCCCCAGAGCCUAGGAGACCAGCCCCAGCUGUGUCACCAGGUUCUUGGAAGCCAGGGCCACCUGGGUCCCCUAGGUCUUGGAAAUCUAGUCCUUCAGCAUCAUCGGGGCCCUGGAAGCCAACCAAACCUGCACCGUCUGUGUCUCCUGGACCUUGGAAGCCAAUUCCUUCUGUGUCCCCUCCGUCCUGGAAGUCCUCUUCAGUUUCACCUGGUUCCUGGAAAACUCCCCCCACACCUCCUGAGUCAUGGAAGUCUGGCCCACCUGAACUCCGAACGACAACUUUGUCACCAGAACACUGGAAGGCAAUUCCUCCUUUGUCUCCUGAGCUUCGCAAACCAGCACCACCACUGUCUCCAGAGAUUCGUAGUCCAGGAGGAUAACCAGAGCUCAGGAAACCCUCAGGGUCUCCAGAACUGCGAAAGCUUUCUCCUGAUCAGCGAAAGACUUCUCCUGCUUCCCUUGAUUUUCCGGAGUCCCAGAAAAGUUCCCGUAGUGGUUCCCCUGAUCUCUGGAAGUUUUCCUUUUUUAUUGAACCUCAGAAACCCUUCCCUGAUGCCCGGAAAUCAGGUCCUUCUGGGCCUUCUGAGUCUCCUAAGGCUGCCUCAGAUAUAUGGAAGCCUGUCCUCUCUAUUGAUAAUGAGACUAGAAAACCUGGCCUGUAUUCCCAGCCUUCCAAAACAGCCCCUCCUGCUUCUCCUGAACCUCGGAAACGUGCUCUUUUUUCAGAGUCUCGGAAACAUGCCCUUUGCCCUGAACUUCCCAAGUCAUCUAUCUUCUCAGAGUCUCAGAAGGCAGUUGGUCUUGGGGAUGAACUGCAGAUAGAUGCCAUAGAUGAUCAAAGGUGUGAUAUUUUGGUUCAAGAGGAACUACUAGCUACGCCUAAGAAACUCUUAGAAGACACUUUAUUUCAUUCCUCAAAGAAGCUCAAGAGAGAUAACCAAGAGAACUCAGAUACUGAGCUUAGUGGUGGUGAGUAUAUAAAAACAAAUUUGGAUAUGAUAGAUAUUAAGGGCCAAGAAUCAAGUAGUGAUCAAGAGCAGGUUGAUGUGGAAUCUCUUGAUUUUAGUAAAGAGAACAAAAUGGACAUGACUAGUCCAGAGCAUUCCAAAAAUAUAUUACAAUUUACUGAAGAAAAAGAGGCAUUUAUCUCUGAAGAAGAGAUUGCAAAAUGCAUGAAACGCGGGAAAUGAAAGUAUUAUUGCAAAAUUUGUUGCUGUCAUGCUAUGAAAAAAGGUGCUGUUUUGCAUCAUUAACAUAAUGUUCAUAGCCCUUACAAAUGCACAAUUUGUGGAAAGGCUUUUCUCUUGGAAUCUCUCCUCAAAAAUCACGUAGCAGCCCAUGGGCAGAGUUUGCUUAAAUGUCCGAGUUGUAGUUUUGAAUUGAAUUUCCCAAGAGGCUUUAAGAAACAUUUAACUCCUUGUCAAAGCAGGCAUAAUGAAGAGGCAAAUAAAAAAAUAAUGGAAGCUCUUGAACCAACACUGGAAGAGCAGCAAAUUUGACUUUUAAAACUGGUGGUGCUCUACAAAGUUUGUUGAAUAUCAUUCGUUGAAGGUAUUGUUAAAUAGUCUCCUUGGAUCAGUAGAUAGUUAUGUCUAUGGUGUAUUUUUGCUUGUCUACAUAGUGUUGGGUUUUUUUUUCAUGGUUUCCCUUUAUGUGGUCGUCAUAGCUUAUACUAUAUAUUCCAGAUGCAAAUAAAACCUUUUAGUAUACUUAGAUGAUAUGAAGGAGUAGGCAUUCCAGUUAAUGAGCAAGUUGUAUUCAGUUUAAAACAUCUGG